UUCAGCAACUAUACUUUACUUAGGUUACGCAUCUGGCAUGAGCUUUAUUUUCAGAACUCUACCACUUAAUUACGUUCUAUCACAAAAUAUCGAUCGAAAUGAAACGUACAAUUUAAAAGUAACGAGUUAUUUCUUGUCAACUUAUUGCGUUUUCAACGAUCAAUCAGGAUUUUGGCGUACUGCAAUCCUUCUUCUUCAAACUAUGCAGAUUUUUGUUAAUGCUACCUCUCAUUGUGGAAACGAUGGCUUCUUUUUUGGUAUUGCAAUGCAUCUCUGCGGUCAAUUCGAAGUACUCAGAAUGAAUUUUGCCAAUUUGGAGAACAAGAAGAAUCUUUCUUGUAAAAAAAUAGGCGUACUUGUACGUAGACACUGUCAUUUGAUUCGUCUUGCUGAUAACUUAGAAGAAGCAUUUAACAUGAUAAUAUUGAUACAGUUAUUGAUGAGUGCUUUACUUCUCUGCGUCGAGGGCUUUCAAAUGUUGGUCUCGCUCGAUGCUAAUGACAUUAUUGCAACUACCAAGCACGCUGUCCUAAUCGUCACAUUACUUGUUCAAAUAUUUAUCUAUUCUUACGCAGGUAAUAUGCUAGAAUCAAAGUCUGCCGAUUUAGUUCUCGGUGUUUAUGAUUCUCCGUGGUAUACUUUUGACACGAGUGUCAUAAAAAAUCUAGCCUUCGUCAUUUUCUAUGGUAGAAUACCACGUCAAGUGACAGCUGGUAAAUUCGUUUCUAUGAAUUUUUUCACUUUCAAAGAAAUUAUCAAAGCUUCGGGCUCUUAUAUUUCCGUAUUGAGAUUCAGUGCACUAGUUUCCGUUCUGAUGGAAAUCCAGCUGAGUUGCGGCAACACCGACGAGACUUUGGAUUUCUUUGGGGUGUCCGCGUCAUCGGUGAUCGGUCUAAUCAAACUAAUAUUCAUCAAGUUACAUCAAGAGGAUCUACGGAGGAUCAUCUUGUCAGCACUGAAGGACUGGUCCAUGUUCGCCGACAGAUCUCCGGCAAAAGAUAUAAUGUUGAAAUAUACACAUAACGGCAAACUGGUAUGCCGUAUGCAAAUAGGCCUCGGUCUGGUUAUCAUUACAACGAUGAUAUUGGAUGCUCUGCCAGCUUCGGAGUCAUCUCUUUUGAACAAUACCACAUCUAACGAUGAGAUUGUUAAACGAAUACCUCUUAAGACGAUGUGCCUCUUUGGCAACAUGUCAACGUCUACUUAUUGGACAGUUUUCAUUUUACAGGGAGUACAGCUGUUGGAUGCUGUAAUCCUCGAUUGUGGAAACGACGUUUUUUUCUUCGGAAUUGCCAUGCAUAUUUGCGGUCAGUUUGAUGCACUCAAGAUAUUUUGCGAAGAAUUUAAAGUGGAAGAUGAAGAGAAUCGUGCUCAGAAAAUCAAAGAAUUUGUUGAGAGACAUUCGCACAUCUUGGAUCUCGUUCAUCGACUCGGGAAUAGUUUCAAUUAUAUUCUUUUGGUAAUUUUAAUGGGCAAUGGAUUGCACAUCUGUUCAGCAGGAAUACAAAUAGUUGUGUUAUCGAAACAAAGCGACCUAAUUCCUCUUAUCAAAGCAGUUCUUUUAUUCAACAUACUUCUCGGACAACUUUUUCUUUAUAGCUACGCUGGCGAUUAUCUGUCAUCGUUGUCCGAAAACAUUCACCAUGAGAUUUACAAUUGUCCUUGGUACGAAUUCUCACCGAAUAUUAUACGAAAUUUAAAGUUCAUCAUUAUGAGAACGCACAUACCAUUUCGCCUUAAAGCAGGAAAAUUUUAUGCUAUGGAUAUGGAAAAUUUCAAGAGCAUCCUAAAAGCAUUUUUUUCAUAUUUUUCUCUCUUACGAAUAGUAUUCGACAAAUGA